CCGCGGAGUCUUCGCCCGUUCCCUGGGCUCCGGCCGUGCAGGAUGGCCGAGGAAAGGGCCGUGGCGGUGUGUGUGCGGGUCCGGCCGCUCAACAGCAGAGAAGAAGCUCUUGGAGAAGAUACUCAAGCUUACUGGAAAACUGACAAUAAUGCUAUUUAUCAAGUUGAUGGGAGUAAAUCCUUCAAUUUUGAUCGUGUCUUUCAUAGUAAUGAAACUACUAAAAAUGUGUAUGAAGAAAUAGCAGUACCAAUCAUAGAUUCUGCCAUACAAGGCUACAAUGGUACUAUUUUUGCCUAUGGGCAGACUGCUUCAGGAAAAACAUACACUAUGAUGGGUUCAGAAGAUUAUUUGGGAGUUAUACCCAGAGCAAUUCAUGACAUUUUCCAGAAAAUUAAGAAGUUUCCUGAUAGGGAAUUUCUCUUACGUGUGUCUUACAUGGAAAUAUACAAUGAAACCAUUACAGACUUACUCUGUGACACUCAAAAAAUGAAGCCUUUAAUAAUUCGGGAAGACUUCAAUAGGAAUGUGUAUGUGGCUGAUCUCACAGAAGAAGUUGUUUAUACAUCCGAAAUGGUUUUGAAGUGGAUCACAAAGGGAGAAAAGAACAGACAUUAUGGAAUUACAAAAAUGAAUCAAAGAAGCAGUCGUUCUCAUACCAUUUUUAGGAUGAUUUUGGAAAGUAGAGAGAAAGGUGAACCUUCUAAUUGUGAAGGAUCUGUCAAGGUGUCCCAUUUGAAUUUGGUUGAUCUUGCAGGCAGUGAAAGAGCUGCUCAAACUGGCGCUGAAGGUAUGCGGCUUAAAGAAGGCUGUAAUAUAAAUCGAAGCUUAUUUAUAUUGGGACAAGUGAUCAAGAAACUUAGUGAUGAACAAGUUGGUGGUUUCAUAAAUUAUCGAGAUAGCAAAUUAACACGAAUUCUUCAGAAUUCAUUGGGAGGAAAUGCAAAAACCCGUAUUAUCUGCACAAUUACUCCAGUGUCUUUUGAUGAAACUCUUACUACUCUGCAGUUUGCCAGCACUGCUAAAUAUAUGAAGAAUACUCCUUAUGUUAAUGAGGUAUCAAGUGAUGAAGCUCUCCUGAAAAGGUAUAGGAAAGAAAUAACGGAUCUUAAAAAACAAUUAGAGGAGGUUUCUUUAGAGACUCGGGCCCAGGCAAUGGAAAAAGACCAGUUGGCCCAACUUUUGGAAGAAAAAGAUUUGCUUCAAAAAGUACAGAUUGAGAAAAUUCAAAACUUGACACGGAUGCUGGUGACAUCUUCUUCCCUCACAUCACAACAGGAAUUAAAGGCCAAAAGAAAACGAAGAGUCACUUGGUGCCCUGGCAAAGUUAACAAAAUGAAAAACUCAAACUAUGUAAAUGAAUUUGAUGUACCCUCGAAUAUAACAACAAAAAUGCAUAAGACAGUAGGAGAAAUUGAUGAAUCUCUCUGUUCAGAGUCUGAUGUUUUCAGUAAUACUCUUGAUACGUUAACUGAGAUAGAGUGGAAUCCAGCAACAAAGCUACUAAGUCAGGAAAAUUUAGAAAGUGAGUUGAAUGCACUUCGUGCUAACUAUGAUAAUCUGGUAUUAGACUAUGAACAACUAAGAAGAGAAAAUGCAGAAAUGGAAUUGAAAUUAAAAGAAAAGAAUGAUUUGGAUGAAUUUGAGGCUCUAGAAAGAAAAACAGAAAAAGAUCAAGAGAUGCAACUAAUACAUGAAAUUUCCAACUUAAAGAAUUUAGUUAAGCAUGCAGAAGUGUAUAAUCAAGAUCUUGAGAAUGAACUAAGUUCAAAAGUAGAGUUGCUUAACAAAAAGGAAGACCAGAUUAAGAAGCUACAGAAACACCUAGACUCUCAGAAGUCAGAAAAUAUGGAAGUGGACUUGUGCUCAUUGGAAAACACUGAAGACUUCAAACAAAUAAAACAGACUCUGCUUGAUACUGAAACUGUAAUUCUUGAUGCCAAGAAAGAAUCGGCCUUUCUUAGAAGUGAAAAUCAGGAGCUGAAAGAGAAAAUGGAAGAACUUGCAAGUACAUGCAAGCAAAUGAAAAAUGAUAUUCAGUUAUAUCAAAACCAGUUGGAGACAAAAAAAAAAAUGCAAGUUGAUCUGGAGAAAGAAUUACAAUCCUCUUUUAAUGAAAUAACAAAACUCACCUCUCUUAUAGAUGGCAAAGUUCCAAAAGAUUUUCUCUGUAAUUUGGAAUUGGAAAGAAAGAUUACUGAUCUCCAGAAAGAGCUGAAUAAAGAAGUCGAAGAAAAUGAAGCUUUACGUAAAGAAGUUAAUUUGCUCUCAGAAUUGAAAUGUUUACCCUUAGAAGUAGAAAUGCUGCGGAAAGAGAUACAUGAUAAAUCUGAAGAGCUCUGUAUAAUAACAUCAGAAAAAGAUCAAUUAUUUUCUGAAGUAGUUUAUAAGAAGAAUAGAAUUGAAGAUUUACUUGAAGAAAUUGGGAAAACUAAAAACGAACUAGCAACUAUGCAUUUGAAUUAUGAAAGUGCUAAUCAAGAAAUCCAAGAUUUUAAAAAUCAACAUACUGAAUUUGAGCAGAAGUAUAAGAUGGCCCUUGAGGAGAAUGCAAGAAUGAACCAGGAAAUAGGAAAUCUCUCUAAAGCUCAAAAACUUGGUUUAAGCUUGGAUGCUUUACACACAGAGCUUUCUCACAAAACCGAAGAACUUAAGCAGAAAACAACUGAGAGUCAAGAAAGAUUAAAUGAAGUGGAAGAGCUGAAGGAACAAUUAGAGAGUAGAAAUUCUAGGCUACAAACCAUAGAAAGGGAGAAAACACUGAUAACUGCGAAACUUCAACAAACCUUAGUUGAAGUAAGAACCUUAACCCAAGAAAAAGGUGACCUAACACAACUCCGGGAGAACCUGCAAACAGAGAGGGACCAACUCAGAAGGGAUAUUCAGGACACUGUAAAUAUGAACAUAGAUACCCAAGAACAAUUACGAACUGCUCUUGAGUCUUUGAAACAAUACCAAGAAACAAUUGACACACUAAAAAUGAAAAUUUCUGAGAGAAGUUCCAUGAAUUUGCAUACAGAGGAAACCUUAGGAGAAAAUAAGGAUGAAUUUCAGGAAAAGAUUGUUGACAUAGAUAAAAAACAGAAUUUGGAAGCCAAAAAAACCCAAUUAUUGAUUGCAGAUGUUGAGGAUAAUGAACUAGUUGAGGAACAGAAGAAGAUAAUUUCUUUAAUACAGGAGAAAAAUGAACUGCAAGAAAUGCUAGAGACUAUCACAGCAGAAAAGGAGCAACUAAAGACUGACCUAAUGGAAAACAUUGAAAUGACCAUUGAAAACCAGGAAGAAUUAAGAAUUCUUGGUGAUGAACUUAAAAAGCAGCAAGAGAUAGUUGCCCAAGGAAAGAACCUUACCAGAAAAAAAGAGGAGGAGCUUUCUAGGACCUGUGAGAAACUGGCAGAAGUUGAAGAAAAGCUAAAGGAAAAGAGCCAACAACUCCAAGAGAAAGAGCUACAACUUCUUAGUGUACAUGAAGAGAUGAGUGAGAUGCAGAAAAAGAUGAAUGAAAUGGAGAAUUUAAAGAAUGAAUUGAGAAACCAAGAAUUAACAUUGGAACAAAUAGAAAUGGAGAGGCUAGAUUUGGCCCAGAAACUUCAUGAAAAUUAUGAGGAAAUGAAAUCCAUAACCAAAGAAAGAAAUGAGCUAAAAGAAUUACAGGGGUCAUUUGAAAUAGAGAUAGAUGAACUUAAAAGAUACAUAAGAGAAAUUGAAGUUACAGGCCUAGAAACAAAAAAAGAGCUAAAAAUUGCUCACUUGCAUCUAAAAGAACACCAAGAAAUUAUUGAUGAACUAAGAAGAGACAUUUCUGAGAAGACAGCUCAAAUAAUAAAUAUUCAGAAGGACUUAGAAAAACCCAAUAUUGAAUUACAAGAAAAGAUCCCAGUGCUUCAUGAGGGACAGGAGCCACUUGUUAAUGUAACAGAAGUCAGCGAUACUCAGGAAACACUGUGUGAACCAGAGCUAUUAGAAAAACAAUCCAAAACCAAGGAAUCAGCAUCAGCAAACAUAGAAACGGAGAGGCUCAGGCUGACUGAAAACCUUCAGGAAAGUCGUGAAGAAAUGAAAUCUCUAGCUAAGGAAGGAGACAACCAUAAAAUGAUAAAAGGAGCACUUCAAGUUGAAUGUGACCUGCUGAAAGAAGACAUUAAAGAAACUUCGGAUAAAAUCCAGGAGGCUGAAAACAAGCAAGAACAGUCUUUCAGUAUGAAAGAAAAAGACAAAGAGACUGAGAAAAUAAUGAGUGAGGGGGCACAAUUGAAGGGGCAGCUCAAAGCCCAAGAGGUAUCCCUGCUAGGACUGGGGAUAGAGGAGCUCAAGCUGUCUGGAAGGCUUCAGGAAAGUCACGGUGAAGUGGAGUUUGCAGCUGAGGAGGGAGAUGGCCUACGGAGGCUACAUGUUCUUCAGCCUGGGAGCAACCAACUCCAAGAAGGCACGUCAGGAAUCACAGCUAACCACCUAGAAACUGAAGAGGAACUUAAAGUUGCUUGCCGUCAAGAAGAACAGGAAGAAACUAUUCAUAAGCUGAGAGUGAACCUUUCAGAGAGGCAAGCUGAACUACCAGGCUUUCGAAAGGAACUAGAAAUAACCAAUGAUGAAUUACAGAAUAAGGACCUGGAAAAACAACAGGAACUAAAAAUUGCUCACAUGCAUCUGAAAGAACACCAAGAAACUAUUGAUAAACUCAGAGAAAUUGUUUCAGAGAAAACAGAUGAAAUAUCAAAUAUGCAAACAGAUUUAGGAAACACAAAUACUGCCUUAAAAGCACAGAUCCAAGAACUUAAGGAGAAAGAACAUCAACUUCUUAAGGUAAAAAAUGAUCUCAGGGAAAAUAUGUAUCAAACAGAGCAGCUGAAGAAGCAAUUACAGGCCCAGAAUUCAAUCCUGGAAACUGUAGAAACAGAGAAGUUAAGGUUGGCUCAGAAACUUCAUGAAAAUCUUGAAGAAAUAAAAUUUGUUACUGAGGAAAGAGAUGGCCUAAGAAGAAUGGAGGAAACCAUCAAAAUGGAGCAAGACCAGCUGAAAGAAUGCCUCAGAGAAACCAAAGCUAAAGAUCUGGAAAAACAAGAGAACCUAAGAAUUGCACACUUACAUCUAAAAGAGCACCAGGAAAUUAUCGAUAAACUCAAAGAAAUUAUUUCUGAGAAGAAAGAUGAAAUAGCAAAUAUGCAAAUGGAUUUAGAAAAUUCAAAUGCUAAAUUACAAGAAAAGAUCCAAAAACUUAAGGCAAGUGAGCAUCAAGUUUUCAAGUUAAAAGAGGAUGUUGGUGAGGCACAGAAAAAAAUGUCUGAAGUAGAGCGAUUGAAGAAACAACUGAAGGCCCAAAGUUUAACUCUGGAUAAAAUAGAAAUGGAGAACUUAAAUUUGGCUCAGAAACUUCAUGAAAACCUUGAAGAAUUGAAAUCUGUAAUGGAAGAGAGAGAUAAUCUCAGAAGAGUAGAAGAGACUCUCAGACUGGAGAGAGACCGACUCGAGGCAAACCUGCAGGCAGCCGUAGCCAGGGAUCUGGAAACACAACAGGAACUAAAAAUUGCUCAUGUGCAUUUGAAAGAACACCAAGAAACUAUUGAUAGAUUCAGAGAGAAGGUUUCACAAAAGACAACUGAGAUUUCAAAUAUUCAAAAGGAUUUAAAUAAAUCGAAAGAUGAAUUACAGGAAAAGCAGGACCAACAGAACCACAAAGAAGUAACAAAAUAUAAAAAAAAAUUACUAUGUGAUGAAAAACACCACCUUCAAGAAAGCCUUAGAGAAAAGUGCUUUAGGAUACAAGAGCUGCUGAAGAGAUACACAGAGAUGGAUAAUAAUUACGAAUGCUUAAAUAAACUAUCCUUUGACUUGGAGAAGGAAAUUGAAACCCAAAAAGAGCUUUCAAUUAGAAUAAAAACAAACCUUUCACUUCCAUAUCCACAAGCCAAACAGAUUCAAAAACUUCUCAGUGCAAACCAAAGAUGUUCCAUGGAAUUCCACAGAGUCAUGCAGAAACUUAAGUAUGUGUUAAACCAUGUUACAAAGAUAAAGGAAGAACAACAUGAAUCCAUCAAUAAAUUUGAAAUGGUUUUUGUUGACGAAGUGGAAAAGCAAAAUGAACUGCUAAUAAAAAUACAACACCUUCAACAAGAUUGUGAUGUACCAUCCAGCGAAUUAAGGGACCUCAAACUAAGCCAACGUAUGGAUCUACAUAUUGCGGAAAUUCUCAAAGAUUUUUCAGAAAGUGACUUCCACAGCAUAAAGACUGAAUUUCAAGAAGUACUCAGUAAUAGGAAAGAAAUGACCCAGUUUUUGGAAGAAUGGUUAAAUACUCACUUUGAUACAGAAAAGCUUAAAAAUGGCGUCCAGAAAGAAAACGAUAGAAUUUGUCAAGUGAAUAACUUCUACAACAACAAAAUAAUUGCUAUAAUGAAUGAAUCGACAGAGUUUGAGGAAAGAAAUGCUACCACAGCCAAAGAAUGGGAACAUGACCUAAAAUCAGUGAAAGAGAAAAAUGAAAAACUAUUUAAAAACUACCAAAUGUUGAAGAUCCCCCCAACAUCUGAUGUCCUUGUUAAUCCUACUACACCAGAUAAUAAGAAUCUUCAUGUUACAUCAAGAGCUACACAAUUGACCAUAGAGAGAAUUCAAGAGCUUGAAACUUUACUACAGGAAGCUAAAGAAAGUGCUGUGCAUAAGGAAGGCAAGAUUAUAAAGAUGCACAAAGAACUUGAGAUGACUAAUGAUAUAAUAGCAAAACUUCAAGCACAAGUCAAUGAAUCAAAUAAAUGCCUUGAAGAAACAAAAGAAACAAUCCAAAUACUUCAGAACAAAGCUGCUUUAGGAGCUAAGCCUUAUAAAGAAGAAAUUGAAGAUCUCAAAAUGAAGCUGGUGAAAGUAGACCUAGAGAAGAUGAAAAAUGCCAAGGAGUUUGAGAAGGAAAUUACUUCUACAAAAGCCACUGUAGAAAAUCAAAAAGAAGUUAUAAGGUUAUUGAGAGAAAAUCUUAGGAGAAGUCAGCAGGCCCAAGAUACCUCGAUGGUAUCACAACAUACUGAUUCUCAGCCUUCACAUAAACCCUUAACCUGUGGGGGUGGCAGCGGCAUUGUACAAAGCACAAAAGCUCUUAUUUUGAAAAGUGAAUAUAUACGUCUAGAAAAGGAAAUUUCUAAGUUAAAGCAGCAAAAUGAACAGCUAAUAAAGGAAAAGAAUGAUCUGUUAAGCAAUAAUCAUCAUCUUUCCAGUGAGGUCCAAAUGUGGAAGGAGAGAACCCUUAAAAGAGAGGCUUACAAAGAAGUAACUUCUGAGAAUUCUCCAAAGUCUCCUAAAGUGACUGGAACAGCUUCUAAAAAGAGACAAUAUGAGUCUUCUCAAUGCAAAGAACGGAAUUUACAAGACCCUGUACCAAAGGAGUCACCAAAAUCUUGGUUUUUUGAUAGCCGAUCAAAGUCCUUACCAGCACCUCAUCCAGUUCGCUAUUUUGAUAACUCCGGUUUAGGCCUUUGCCCAGAAGAACAAACUGCUGGAGCAGAGAGUAUGACUGCUCAGCCCAGUUCUUGGUAUACCUCCUCCACAAAAGAUGUGCCUGAAUGCAAGACUCAGUAGACUUGUCUUCUAUUGUUCUUCCUGGGGCCCGCAUUCCUUGUUUGGAAAUUUACCAUAUUGAUUACUCUGUGUGUGUCUAUCCCUGGCAAUGAUGUCACAGCCCAACUUAAUUUCAGUUCAGUUUUCACUUUGCCACUAGAAUUGGAAGAUGAAGGAAAAAGAGAUUAAUGCAUUCCAGUAAUUUAGAGUGGUGAUAGCAACACCUUAUUCAUGAAUGCAUUAAUACCUUAGAAGUUGAAUUAUUUUAUUUAUUUAUACAUUUUAUAAAAAACAAAAAGUUAUUGAAGGAAAUUCCAGUCUUUCCAUGUAUACAUAAAAUGUAUACAUUAGUAUUAAUGUAAAGUUAUUCACAUAUCUAACUUAGAUAAUUCCAAAGCAUAAUACAUAAAUUAAUAUAAUCUAUCAUUUAAUUAAUGAAAUUAUACAAUAUUUAGUACCUCAAACAUUCAAUAAAUGUUUAAAUAGUAGUUGUGAAUCACAACUCUGUGCAUAUUAAUUAUGGUUUCUUGGUGGGGUGCUUGGAGUAUAUUUGGCUCUCCUCUCAUGUUUGUUGGCUUUCAGAAUUUGCUAUGAAAAUAUACAUAUUGUCUGGAUUUAUGUUGAGAGAGAGCAAGUGCUGACCACUUUGCUUCCUAGUCUUAAUCACUACAAAAGUUACUUCUCACGUUUCUGUCAUCCACCCACCCCACUCCCUAUACAAGCACUAUAAAUUGGUUGGUUUAGACUUUUUCCUCCAUUGCACUUCACUCCCAACUGGAAGGACCUCAUAGAUUAUUUAUUUAUUCUAUCCUUUAUUUUAAACAUGAGGAAACAGCCAAGAGUUCCCAUGAAAGUGAAGUUUUCUAAACCUGGGGGUUCCUGCAGAUAACUAGGCAUCUAUGUAUGGGCUUCAUGUAUUCUGUCAAACCUGAAAUUUUAUGCUAAAUUUUGUGUGCAGGUUCAUUUUUCCAGGAUACUUGGGUCCAUGCUUGCUUGCAUCACAUUUUCAGAGGAAUCUGUGGCCCUAGAAGAGGUUAAGAACAGUGGUGUAGAGACUAUAUCCAGUAUUACUCUUAUGUCAUAUCUCUUGAAAAAGAACAUGAAAGAGCAAGUUGCAUAAGGUUUACAACAGUGUUAGAUUUCCAGGCAUCCCUGUUAAGAAGAUUCGUUCAAAGGCACAGAUUAUUAUUUGCAUAAUAGCUAUCAUUUUGAAGUCUGUGGAUUGGGUAUUUUCUCUUACCUUACUUAAUAUACUGUUACAGGAACUCACUAGAGCUAAGGGGAAAGUGGCCCUUACUAUAAUCCUCUUCCCAAAGCCUGUCCCUUGAGAGUCUUAUUUCUCCUUUUCACCCUUACCCAAACGAAACACUGUAACAGAGCUGCAGGUUUGAUUCUUUACAAUGUCAGCUCCACUGAAUAAAACUAAUGGAAGGUAGUGAGGUCACCUGGAUAAUAAAACUAAGGCCAUUAAAAAUAUAAUCAGUCCGCAAUAUAUAUCGAAUCCAGUAGAAUGUUGCUUAAAUACUGAAUUUGGAAGUCCAUUUCCUUCCUCAGAUUUGGGAAGUUUGUUUCUUCAAAUAAAAUGUCCCUUUCUCUCUUCUUCUGGGAGUCCCAUGAUGCAUAUAUUUGUCCACUUGCUGACGUUCCAUAAGGAGGCUUGCUUCACUUUUUGUAUCCUUUUUUCUUUUUGCUUGUCUAACUGGAUAAUUUCAAAUGACCCUUCGUCAGUUUUGCUGAUUCUUCUGCUUGAUCAAGUCUGCUGUUGGACCCCUCUAGUG